UUAAAAGCCCGCUCGGUGACACUAACAUCCUUGAGAGCCAGGCUACAUUCAAAUUAACUACUAAAGGGGGCAGGGAAGGGACCGAGGGGCAGGCCCCGGGAGUUGCGUGCGGGCUUAGCAGCUGGGCAGAGAGCAUCCUUACAGCUGCAUGGCCUUGGGCCAGUCACUGUACCCCGGCCUCGGCUCGCAAACGCUGCUAACCACAGGCUCUCGGAGACCCACGUGGGGGUUCAGCGGGGCAGGUGGACCGGGCCGGCGCUCCAGCGCCCAGCCGGGAACACCGAGGCGUCCCGGUGCCGUGCCUCGGCUGGCUCAGUCUGGAUUUUCUCCUAACAGUCCCACUCCAGUCCUGUUGCAAGCGAGGAAACUGAGGCUGCCCAGGCACUGGGCCGAAGGACGGCGAGCCCGGGCCCUGCCAUGCCACUUAUGGAUUACCCAGACUGAAUGCCUGGAGGGGUGAAGAGGGUCCUUUUCAUUCUGAUGCUUCUGGGACGUCGAAAUUGCCUUCUCUGGAAAGACCCAUCCCCUCCCUGGGCUUCAGAUGCCCACAUGGAAGUGCAGUGAUGAUGUGGUGGUCCACUCUGAUGUCAAUCUUGAGGGCUAGUUCUUUUUGGAGGUGGAUAUCUGCUGAGACAAUAAGAAUUAUAAGAGCGCUGAGAGCUUAUUUUGAAAGAAUAAUGGAUGAACCAUCUCCGUUGGCCAAAACUCUGGAGCUGAACCAGCACUCCCGAUUCAUAAUUGGGUCUGUGUCCGAAGACAACUCGGAAGAUGAGAUCAGUAACCUGGUCAAGCUGGAUCUACUAGAGGAGAAGGAGGGCUCCCUGUCACCAGCUUCUGUCAGCUCUGAUACGCUUUCUGAUUUGGGGAUCUCUGCUUUACAGGAUGGUUUGGCCUUUCACAUGAGAUCCAGCAUGUCUGGCUUGCACCUAGUAAAACAAGGUCGAGAUAGAAAGAAAAUAGACUCACAAAGAGAUUUCACUGUGGCUUCUCCAGCAGAAUUUGUUACUCGUUUUGGGGGAAAUAAAGUGAUUGAGAAGGUUCUUAUUGCCAAUAAUGGUAUUGCAGCAGUGAAAUGCAUGAGAUCUAUCCGUCGGUGGUCUUAUGAAAUGUUUCGAAAUGAACGUGCAAUCCGAUUUGUUGUCAUGGUUACACCUGAAGACCUUAAAGCCAAUGCAGAAUACAUUAAAAUGGCAGAUCACUAUGUUCCAGUACCUGGAGGACCAAACAACAACAAUUAUGCAAAUGUGGAAUUAAUUCUGGAUAUUGCUAAAAGGAUCCCUGUACAAGCAGUGUGGGCUGGCUGGGGUCAUGCCUCUGAGAACCCCAAGCUUCCAGAGCUACUCUUAAAAAAUGGCAUCGCUUUCAUGGGCCCUCCAAGCCAGGCUAUGUGGGCUUUGGGGGAUAAGAUUGCAUCUUCUAUCGUGGCUCAAACUGCAGGCAUCCCAACUCUUCCCUGGAGUGGCAGUGGUCUUCGUGUGGACUGGCAAGAAAAUGAUUUUUCGAAACGCAUCUUAAAUGUUCCACAGGAUCUGUAUGAGAAAGGUUAUGUGAAGGAUGUGGAUGAUGGACUGCAGGCAGCAGAGGAAGUUGGUUAUCCAGUAAUGAUCAAGGCCUCGGAGGGAGGAGGAGGGAAGGGAAUCAGAAAAGUUAACAAUGCAGAUGACUUCCCUAACCUAUUCAGACAGGUUCAAGCUGAAGUACCUGGAUCACCUAUAUUUGUAAUGAGACUAGCAAAGCAAUCUCGUCAUCUGGAGGUCCAGAUUCUAGCAGAUCAGUACGGCAAUGCCAUUUCUUUGUUUGGCCGUGACUGCUCUGUACAGCGCAGGCAUCAGAAGAUCAUUGAAGAAGCUCCUGCUGCUAUUGCUACCCCAGCAGUAUUUGAACACAUGGAACAGUGUGCAGUGAAACUUGCCAAAAUGGUUGGUUAUGUGAGUGCUGGGACUGUGGAAUACUUAUACAGCCAGGAUGGAAGCUUCUACUUUUUGGAACUGAACCCUCGGCUACAGGUUGAACAUCCUUGUACAGAGAUGGUGGCUGACGUUAAUCUUCCUGCAGCACAACUCCAGAUUGCCAUGGGGAUCCCUCUAUUUAGGAUCAAGGAUAUUCGUAUGAUGUAUGGGGUAUCUCCUUGGGGUGAUGCUCCCAUUGAUUUUGAAAAUUCUGCUCAUGUUCCUUGCCCAAGGGGCCAUGUCAUUGCUGCUCGGAUCACCAGUGAAAACCCAGAUGAGGGGUUUAAGCCCAGCUCGGGAACAGUUCAGGAACUUAAUUUUCGAAGCAAUAAGAACGUUUGGGGUUAUUUCAGUGUUGCUGCUGCUGGGGGGCUUCAUGAGUUUGCUGACUCUCAGUUCGGUCACUGCUUUUCCUGGGGAGAAAACAGAGAAGAAGCAAUUUCAAAUAUGGUGGUGGCAUUGAAGGAGCUGUCUAUUCGGGGUGACUUUCGAACUACAGUUGAAUACUUGAUCAAACUGCUGGAGACAGAAAGCUUUCAGUUGAAUAGAAUCGACACUGGCUGGCUGGACAGACUGAUUGCAGAAAAAGUGCAGGCAGAACGUCCUGACACCAUGUUGGGAGUUGUGUGUGGGGCUCUCCAUGUGGCAGAUGUGAGCCUGAGGAAUAGCAUCUCUAACUUCCUUCACUCCUUAGAAAGGGGUCAAGUCCUUCCUGCUCACACACUUCUGAACACAGUAGAUGUUGAACUUAUCUAUGAAGGAAUCAAAUACGUACUUAAGGUGACUCGACAGUCUCCCAAUUCCUACGUGGUGAUCAUGAAUGGCUCAUGUGUGGAAGUCGACGUACAUCGGCUGAGUGAUGGUGGACUGCUCUUAUCCUAUGAUGGCAGCAGUUAUACCACUUACAUGAAGGAGGAAGUGGAUAGAUACCGAAUCACAAUUGGCAAUAAAACCUGUGUGUUUGAGAAGGAAAAUGACCCAUCUGUAAUGCGUUCACCUUCUGCUGGAAAGUUAAUCCAGUAUAUCGUGGAAGACGGAGGCCAUGUGUUUGCUGGCCAGUGCUAUGCUGAGAUUGAGGUAAUGAAGAUGGUGAUGACUUUAACAGCUGUAGAAUCUGGCUGCAUCCAUUAUGUCAAGCGACCUGGAGCAGCUCUUGAUCCCGGCUGUGUGAUAGCCAAAAUGCAGCUGGACAACCCCAGUAAAGUCCAACAGGCUGAGCUUCACACAGGUAGUCUGCCACAGAUCCAGAGCACAGCUCUCAGAGGUGAGAAGCUCCAUCGAGUGUUCCACUAUGUCUUGGAUAACCUGGUCAAUGUGAUGAGUGGAUACUGCCUUCCAGAUCCUUUCUUCAGCAGCAGGGUAAAAGACUGGGUAGAGCGAUUGAUGAAGACUCUCCGAGAUCCCUCCCUGCCUCUUCUAGAGCUACAGGAUAUCAUGACUAGUGUUUCUGGUCGUAUCCCCCUCAAUGUGGAGAAGUCUAUUAAGAAGGAAAUGGCUCAGUAUGCUAGCAACAUCACAUCAGUCCUCUGUCAGUUUCCCAGCCAGCAGAUUGCCAACAUCCUAGAUAGUCAUGCAGCUACACUGAACCGGAAAUCUGAACGGGAAGUCUUCUUCAUGAAUACCCAGAGCAUUGUCCAGCUGGUACAGAGGUACCGAAGUGGCAUUCGUGGCCACAUGAAGGCUGUGGUGAUGGAUCUGCUCCGACAGUACUUGCGUGUAGAGACACAGUUCCAGAAUGGCCACUACGACAAAUGUGUGUUUGCCCUUCGGGAAGAGAACAAAAGUGACAUGAACACUGUACUGAACUACAUCUUCUCCCAUGCUCAGGUCACCAAAAAGAAUCUUCUAGUCACAAUGCUUAUUGAUCAGUUGUGUGGACGGGACCCUACGCUUACUGAUGAGCUGCUAAAUAUCCUCACAGAGCUUACUCAACUCAGCAAGACCACCAAUGCUAAAGUGGCACUGCGGGCCCGUCAGGUUCUUAUUGCUUCCCAUUUGCCAUCAUAUGAGCUUCGCCAUAACCAAGUGGAGUCUAUCUUCCUAUCAGCCAUUGACAUGUAUGGACACCAGUUUUGCAUUGAGAACCUGCAGAAACUCAUCCUAUCGGAAACAUCUAUUUUUGAUGUCCUACCAAACUUUUUUUACCACAGCAACCAGGUGGUGAGGAUGGCGGCUCUGGAGGUGUAUGUCCGAAGGGCUUAUAUUGCCUAUGAACUUAACAGUGUACAACACCGCCAGCUUAAGGACAACACCUGUGUGGUGGAAUUUCAGUUCAUGCUGCCUACAUCUCAUCCAAACAGAGGGAACAUCCCCACGCUAAACAGAAUGUCCUUUGCCUCCAACCUCAACCACUAUGGCAUGACUCAUGUAGCUAGUGUCAGCGAUGUUCUGCUGGACAACUCCUUCACUCCACCUUGCCAGCGGAUGGGCGGAAUGGUCUCUUUUCGGACCUUUGAAGAUUUUGUCAGGAUCUUUGAUGAAAUAAUGGGCUGCUUCUGUGACUCCCCACCCCAAAGCCCCACAUUCCCAGAAUCUGGUCAUACAUCACUCUAUGAUGAGGACAAGGUCCCCAGGGAUGAACCAAUACACAUUCUGAAUGUGGCUAUCAAGACUGAUGGUGAUAUUGAGGAUGACAGGCUUGCAGCUAUGUUCAGAGAGUUCACUCAGCAAAAUAAAGCUACUCUGGUUGAGCAUGGGAUCCGGCGACUUACGUUCCUGGUUGCACAAAAGGAUUUCAGAAAACAAGUCAACUGUGAGGUGGAUCAGAGAUUUCAUAGAGAAUUUCCCAAAUUUUUCACAUUCCGAGCAAGGGAUAAGUUUGAAGAGGACCGCAUUUAUCGUCACCUGGAGCCUGCUUUGGCUUUCCAGUUAGAGCUGAACCGGAUGAGAAAUUUUGACCUUACUGCCAUUCCAUGUGCUAAUCACAAGAUGCACUUGUAUCUUGGGGCAGCUAAGGUGGAAGUGGGCACAGAAGUGACUGACUACAGGUUCUUUGUUCGUGCAAUCAUCAGGCAUUCUGAUCUGGUCACAAAGGAAGCUUCUUUUGAAUAUCUUCAAAAUGAAGGGGAGCGGCUGCUUCUGGAAGCCAUGGAUGAAUUGGAAGUUGCUUUUAAUAAUACAAAUGUCCGCACUGACUGUAACCACAUCUUCCUCAACUUUGUGCCUACAGUCAUCAUGGACCCAUCGAAGAUUGAAGAAUCUGUUCGGAGCAUGGUAAUGCGCUAUGGAAGUCGGCUGUGGAAAUUGCGCGUCCUCCAGGCAGAACUGAAAAUCAACAUUCGCCUGACAACAACUGGAAAAGCAAUUCCCAUCCGCCUCUUCCUGACAAAUGAGUCUGGCUAUUACUUGGACAUCAGCCUGUAUAAGGAAGUGACUGACUCCAGGACAGCACAGAUCAUGUUUCAGGCAUAUGGAGACAAGCAGGGACCACUGCACGGAAUGUUAAUCAAUACUCCAUAUGUGACCAAAGACCUUCUUCAGUCGAAGAGGUUUCAGGCACAGUCCUUAGGAACAACGUAUAUCUAUGACAUCCCAGAGAUGUUUCGGCAGUCGCUCAUCAAACUCUGGGAGUCUAUGUCCACUCAAGCAUUCCUUCCCUCACCCCCUCUGCCUUCUGACAUGCUGACGUACACUGAGCUGGUGUUGGAUGAUCAAGGCCAGCUGGUCCAUAUGAACAGGCUUCCAGGAGGAAAUGAGAUUGGCAUGGUAGCUUGGAAAAUGAGCCUUAAAAGCCCUGAAUAUCCUGAUGGCCGAGAUAUCAUUGUCAUUGGCAAUGACAUUACAUACCGGAUUGGGUCCUUUGGGCCUCAAGAGGAUUUGCUCUUUCUCAGAGCUUCUGAGCUUGCCAGGGCAGAAGGCAUCCCGCGCAUCUAUGUGGCAGCCAACAGUGGAGCUAGAAUUGGACUAGCAGAAGAAAUUCGUCAUAUGUUCCACGUGGCCUGGGUAGAUCCAGAGGAUCCCUACAAGGGAUACAAGUAUUUAUAUCUGACACCCCAGGAUUAUAAAAGAGUCAGUGCUCUCAAUUCUGUCCACUGUGAACAUGUGGAGGAUGAAGGAGAAUCCAGGUACAAGAUAACAGAUAUUAUUGGUAAAGAAGAAGGACUUGGAGCAGAGAACCUUCGGGGGUCUGGAAUGAUUGCUGGAGAAUCCUCAUUGGCUUAUGAUGAGAUCAUCACCAUCAGCCUGGUUACAUGCCGGGCCAUUGGUAUUGGAGCUUACCUUGUCCGGCUGGGACAAAGAACCAUCCAGGUUGAGAAUUCUCACUUAAUUCUGACAGGAGCUGGUGCCCUCAACAAAGUCCUUGGCCGGGAAGUAUACACCUCCAACAAUCAGCUUGGGGGCAUCCAGAUCAUGCACAACAACGGGGUUACCCAUUGCACUGUUUGUGACGACUUUGAGGGGGUUUUCACAGUCUUACACUGGCUGUCAUAUAUGCCUAAGAGCGUGCACAGCUCAGUUCCUCUUCUGAAUUCCAAGGAUCCUAUAGAUAGAAUCAUCGAGUUUGUUCCCACAAAGGCCCCGUAUGAUCCUCGGUGGAUGCUGGCAGGCCGUCCUCACCCAACCCAGAAAGGCCAGUGGUUGAGUGGAUUUUUUGACUAUGGAUCUUUCUCAGAGAUUAUGCAGCCCUGGGCACAGACUGUGGUGGUUGGUAGAGCCAGAUUAGGGGGAAUACCUGUGGGAGUAGUUGCUGUAGAAACCCGAACUGUGGAACUCAGUAUCCCAGCUGAUCCUGCAAACCUGGAUUCUGAAGCCAAGAUAAUACAGCAGGCUGGCCAGGUUUGGUUUCCAGACUCUGCAUUUAAGACCUAUCAAGCUAUCAAGGACUUCAACCGUGAAGGGCUACCUCUAAUGGUCUUUGCCAACUGGAGAGGCUUCUCUGGUGGGAUGAAAGAUAUGUAUGACCAAGUUCUCAAGUUUGGCGCUUACAUUGUGGAUGGAUUACGGGAAUGUUCCCAGCCUGUUAUGGUUUACAUUCCUCCCCAGGCUGAGCUGCGGGGUGGUUCAUGGGUUGUGAUUGACCCGACCAUCAACCCUCGGCACAUGGAGAUGUACGCUGACCGAGAAAGCAGGGGAUCUGUUCUGGAACCAGAAGGGACAGUAGAAAUCAAAUUCCGCAAAAAGGAUCUGGUGAAAACCAUGCGUCGGGUAGACCCAGUCUACAUCCACUUGGCUGAGCGAUUGGGCACCCCAGAGCUAAGCCCCACUGAGCGGAAGGAGCUGGAGAACAAGUUGAAGGAACGGGAGGAGUUCCUAAUUCCCAUUUACCAUCAGGUAGCUGUGCAGUUUGCUGACUUGCAUGACACCCCAGGCCGGAUGCAGGAGAAGGGUGUUAUUAAUGACAUCUUAGAUUGGAAAACAUCCCGUACCUUCUUCUACUGGCGGCUGAGGCGCCUCCUGCUGGAGGACCUGGUUAAGAAGAAAAUCCACAAUGCCAACCCUGAGCUGACUGACGGCCAGAUCCAGGCCAUGUUGAGACGCUGGUUUGUAGAAGUGGAAGGCACAGUGAAGGCUUACGUUUGGGACAAUAAUAAGGACCUGGUGGAGUGGCUGGAGAAGCAACUGACCGAGGAAGAUGGUGUCCGCUCGGUGAUCGAGGAGAACAUCAAAUACAUCAGCAGGGACUACGUCCUCAAGCAGAUCCGCAGCUUGGUACAGGCCAAUCCAGAAGUUGCCAUGGAUUCCAUCGUCCACAUGACCCAGCACAUCUCAGCCACUCAGAGAGCAGAAGUUGUACGGAUCCUCUCUACCAUGGAUUCCCCUUCCACGUAGGAGAAACUUCCCACCCCUUCCUGCCCUGUCUCUGGAUACAUCUGAGACCAUUGUAAUGAGAAGGCAUCAGAAGCCCGGUACUGGA